CAUUGCUUGCACAGUGUUCGUAGUGGAGGUAACGCGUUGCUCGCUCUUUCGGUUCAAAAUGGCGGCAGUGGAGGAGAGUGUUGUAAAUUCUCUUGUGCAUCAGCAUUUAUUAUCAACUUGCCCAUCUCUAGCCGCGGUGUAUCAAAAGAAAGCAAAGCCUAGCCCUGUUUCUCCAGGUUGGCCAUCAUUGAAAGAGAUUGUGAAAUUUUAUAACACAAAGUCCUCGAAAAAGAUUGUUUUGAAGAAUGGUGACGUAGAAGAAUCAUCAGACUCGAGCUCAGAAGAUAGUGAUGACACUCCUGCGGCCAAAGUUGCAACUGUCAAAACUAAUGUAAAUCAGAAGGCAAAGACUGCUGCUCCAGUAACACCAAAGGCCUCAGUGCAAGCAAAAAAAGAGAGCAGCAGCAGUGAAGACAGCGAUGACAGUGAUGAAGCACCUCCGCCCAAAGUUCCUGCAAAGUCUCCACAGUUGAAAACUCCUGUCACGAAGGCAAACCAGAAAAAGCAAGCUGUAGCUGAAGAAAGCAGCAGUGACGAUUCGUCGUCUGAAGAUGAACAGCCAAAGACCAAACCUGCAGCUAAAAUGCCAGUGCAGAAUCAAAAGCAACAGAAAAAUCAACAGAAGCAGCCUGCUGUUGCAAAGGCAAUUGUGCAGAAGAAACCAGCUCAACCUGAGGAAGAUAGCAGUGAAGAAGAGUCAUCGGAGGAAGAGCAGUCAAAGACUGCUGUAGUGAAGCCAAAAGCAAAUGUUCCUCAGAAAGUAGCUGCAAAGCCGCAGCCAAAAGAAGAAUCUAGUUCUGAUUCUGAUGAUAGUUCUGAAGACGAUGUUACGGUAAAACCGAAACCCCAAUUGGCAGCUCAGAAAAAGGGGAUGAAGACACCUGUACAGGCGGGUGCCAAAACUCCUCAGAAGGCAGUAUCUGCAAAGAAACCUGUCACUCCAGCUCAGGAGAGUUCCUCAGAAGAUUCAGAUGAUAGUUCAGACGAAGCAGCCCCACAGACGAUGAAAACUAAGCUUGUAGCACAGAAGAGUACACCAGUAGUCAAGAAAUCGCAACAGGCAACAGUGAAACCUGCUGCUGCUGCUGCUGAUGAUGAUGAAAGUUCUGACGACUCUGAUGACAGUUCUGACGAUGAGCCUCCAGCUAAGAAAACCCCUCAGCCACUUCAAAUAGCAAAAAUACCACCUGGCAAGGCCUCACAAACACCCAAGCAAGCCAAGGCAGAGGAGAGCUCAGAUGACUCGGAUGACAGUUCAGAUGAAGAUGAACCAGCAAAGGUGCCAGCCAGACCAACAAUGCAGAAAAAUGUUACCAAACCACCACCAAAGAAGGCUGCUGCUGCUGCAGAAGAGUCUUCUGACGAUGACUCUGACAGUUCAGAGGAUGCACCAGCGAAACAGUCACCUGCAGUGAAACAAGCACAAGGGGGUGUCAAGCGACCUCAUCCUGAGGAAGAGGAGGAGGACGAUGAUGAUGACGAUGACGACGAUGAUGACGAAGAUAAUGAACAACCCAAGAAGAAGCCUGCAAACAACUACAACAAUUUUGUCAAAGGUGAAACCAUGAAUGGUGAAAAGGGACGCAGGUCAUCACCUUUUCGGAGAAUUCGUUCAGACGAGGUUGAAAUUGACCCACGGCUGAGAAACAAUUCAUUUGACGCAAAGAGAGGAGCAAGAGGUUCAUGGGGUGAACGUGCAUACCAAGAUCUGAAGUUCACGAGAGGAAAAUCAUUUAGACACGAGAAAACUAAGAAAAAACGUGGUUCAUACCGUGGAGGACAGAUCUCGGUUGCUGUUAACUCUAUAAAGUUUGAGGACUGAUAGUGCAUUGUGUGGAAUGCAAAGUGAUUAUGUUCCUGAUUUCAGGAAUGAAUUUAUUGAAACUUCACUGUGUUACUGUUCUUUAAAAAUUAUUUUAUUAUGAGUGAAACAAGAGCGAGUGUGUGUGCUGUGAAGUUUGUACUGCUUGUGGUGGUUCUUUUGUACAUAAAUCGUAAAUGGAGAGAAGACUGGUGCAUUCAUACAUUAUUUUAGAACUAUAUUGCUACUGUAAACAGGUUUAGCAUGUUAAUUCAUUGUAAAUGAACCAGAGAGUAUCCUUACUCUUAAAUGGUACAGAAUAUUUGCUGUUUUGUAAUUACAAAUAACCUUCAUAAAGUGUGAUGGUGCUGAUUUUUUUUCAUUGGGUUUUUUUAUAAAAAUGAAAGACUAUUUAAAUAAUAGUCUCCAGUUUUGUAAAUGAGAGCAGUGAAAAGUUUUUAAAUUAUCAUUAUUCCAUAGAGUACAAAUUAGUUUUGACACCACUAAAUAUUAACCAUUUCUUUGUUUCAUGUCGUGCUAUCUGGGCAGUGUAAUUCUCAUUUCCAUUACAGCCUGUAAAACUUGUGGAAAUAUACCUCGUAUUUGUUGAUUCUCUUGACUUUUAAACAAUAGACUAUUUAGUGAAAACACUGAAGACAUUGAAUACUAAACCAACUUAGUUGAGAGAUUAGAUGCACGUUUUUUAAAGUA